UGUACGCAGCUUUGCUGUCGAAAGCACACGCGCGCACGUUCGGCGAAUUUAUUUAAAAUACGAAAGCUUGUGCUUUGCUAAGGCCACUCGCACUGCCUGCCAUUCCGGGUUGUUACAUCGAGGAUAAAUUGAAAGUUUCUCUUUAACGCAUUUGUCAGUCCGAGCCGGGAUGUUCAGGAAUUGUACAAGUUGUUCAUUUUGUGACUCACGAUUUAUACAGUGUUGAUUUGUUAGUGAUUGGAACAAAAAAAAAAUAUCUGGAUUCUUGAGGAUUAUGAUUAAGUUUAACAUUGUUCGACUGUGUUAAACUUUGGUGUUUAGUGUUAUAUUUUUUUUUUGAUUAUGCCAAAUUAAUAUAAAAGCUUCAACCAUGGAAAUCUGCCAAAAGCUUUUGAUAGUGUUAAGUGUAGUGUACGCGAAAUUCGUUAGUUCAGCGCGCUGGUCUCAUUCCACGUAUCUCAGUCCAGAUUAUCGGUUGUUAUGGUCCUUGGGACCGGGACCUCAGGACAUUACUUUCGAACUGCAAGUGAAAACUUUAGGAUACGUCGGAUUUGGAUUUUCUAAGGAUGGUAGAAUGGCUGGUUCGGAUAUGGUCGUCGGCUGGGUCGAUCACGGACAAGUAUACUUCCAGGAUCGGCACGUCAAAGAUUCGCCGGGAAGUGCCAUGGAUCGAGAGCCAGAAGUAGAUCCUAGUCAAGAUUAUCAAUUGCUGCUCGGCUACGAAAACAAUACUCAUACGGUAUUGAGAUUCAGGAGGCGUCUGGAUACUUGCGAUCAUCAUGAUAUUGCUAUUACGAACGACACGAUGCGCAUCGUUUGGGCGUUCCACAAAGACGAACCUGCUGGCGGCGCAGUCGGUCCGAAAUCGUUGCCCCGGCACGAGUUGGCCAACAGGGGUGCGCAGUCGCUCUAUUUGGUGCAGCGCGCAGACCAAGACGCGCCGAGUCCCGAAGAAACUGCGCGGGUGUGGGAAAUGAGAAAUCCCGCCGUCGAACCACCUUCGAUUCCCGGCGACACGCUGUACUGGUGCCGGGUGUUUAGGAUUCCGCCGAGUAUUAACAGAAAACAUCAUUUGAUUCGAUACGAACCGCUCCAGAGCGUAACAGGCACAAACGGGCUUCAACACGUCGUCCUUUACGAAUGCCAGGAUAAUACUCACGUCGAGAAGCUGGCCGAUACACCGGGCCGACAAUGUCACGAGUCACAUUCUCAACCGUUCAUGUGCAAUACAGUUGUGGCUAGCUGGGCCAAAGGGUCUGAAGGAUUUAGUUUUCCACCCGAGGCCGGCUAUCCUUUGGAUUCGAGCAAUAAAUAUUACCUUAUGGAAACUCACUACACAGUCCCAAUGGACGGUAACGUAGGCUCCAUCGAUGGUUCCGGUUUGCGUUUGUUUUACACCCCCGAACUACGCCGUCACGACGCCGGUGUCAUUUCAAUAGGCAUGGACCCGAAUUGGCGUCACAUUAUUCCGCCUGGUCAAAAUCGUGUCGUGUCUUCGGGACAUUGCGUGUCCGACUGUACCGGACAAGCGUUUCCGCAUUCCGGCAUCAAUAUGUUCGCGGUAGUGAUGAAAACCCACAAAAUCGGUAAACAAGUGGCCUUGAAACAUAUUCGCGGCAAUACGGAGCUAGCGCCCGUCGUUAGUGACGACAACGUCGAUUCGGAUUAUCAAGAGUAUAGAAAGCUCGGAGUGCCCGUGAGGAUUUUGCCUGGUGAUCAUUUAAUUACUGAGUGUACUUAUAACAGUUCCGGUAGGAGUGCUAUUACGUUGGGAGGUUUGACAAGUCGCGAGGAAACUUGUCUUGUAAUGGGACUGUAUUAUCCUAGGCAGAAGGCUUUAGCUGCUUGCCAUAGUUUGCCUAGUUUGCCGACUGUACUGCACUCUUUGGGGAUUCAAGAACUUAACCCCGGUUCAAAUCCUGUUCGAAUAGCAGCGCCCCCAGAAUUAGCAGGAAUGACACUGGAAUCGAGAUUGGUGUCGUACGAUUGGGAUAAUCAGUUUCACAGUUUCCAGGAGGCGACGAUGCGCGGCUCGUUUAAACCGAUUUGUUGGACUUCGCAGCUAACUUUAUUACCGGGCACAGACAAAGAGUCCCACUACCCCAACAUAUCGAAACCGUACAUGCGAAGCACCACAAAUCAAUGCAACUAUAGAAGAUACAGCACGGAAGGUUGGCCAGGUGGCACGCCCGUUAUCGAACUUGACGGUAAUCACAUAGAAGGAGUCACUAGAAGUAAAGUGUCACGGAGCAGUAGCAGUCCUGCGCACGAAGAAUCGCUAGGAUUGAGCAGGUUCAAUUCGGCGAAUCAUUCAAGUAGCUGCGUGUUUUUGCUCGUAAUGGUUUCGGCGAUACUCGUCUGGUUCAAUCGUUGAACUACUUUGAUUUUGUGAUAAACUUGUUUUAAUUUUCGCGUUAUGGUCCUCGGUAAACUGAGGAAACUCGUCAGUAAACAAGCUGCUGUGGUGUGAACAAUUUUUUCCUCUAUAAGUAUUUUAAUUGUUUGUUAGAUAAUUCGAGUCAUGUCUAUACUAGUCCGUUCGGCCAGCAGAGGUGUUUUUUACUUGUGUAUAUUUCAGAGAGAGAAUAAGAGUUUGUUAGCAAAUGUGCGGUAAGAUGUUUUGUUGGUGAAGCGUAGAGAACUAAAUUAUUUUAAAAUUGAUGCGCAAUGAAAUAUUUGCGCAUUGCUAAUAAGUGCGGCUGCGCAAUUACAAUCUUGCGUGAAUUAAGUCUUACUUACUUAAAUGCAAUUUUAUUUGUUUGAUUUAUGUGAAAAUCAAUCUUCAAUAUCUAAUUUAAUGGGCAAAAACUAUUUCGUUUUAAAUUUUUCAAUACGCUUUACCAAGAAUCAAAAUCAAGGACAGCAAAUUUGCCGCGUCAGGUCUGUGAUGAUAUUUCGUAGUUAAUUAAGCACUGUAAUUUUUGUUUUUUUUUUUUUUUUAAUUUUAGUUCCAAAUUUUCUGUAUAAAGAUUCUAUAAUUGGGCAAUUCUAUGGUAAACUGUUUCAUCAACCGAUUGUAAAUUCAUCUCAUCUGUAUAAUACCGUAGGAUUGCUUUAUAAACAAUCCUAUUCCCACGUAGAUUGGCUAUUGUUGUUAAAAAAAAAAUACAUAGAUUUUUGAUUCGCUAGGUUCUGUCAGACAUAGAAAAUAAAAAUCUUUUAGAAAAUAUAUAGAAAUAUAAUUUGUAUAAAAAAUUUACUUUGUAUAACAAGUGUAUGAUUUUUUUUUCUAAAAGAACUGCGACCAAGUACAAUCAAUAAAUAAAUUUGCAUAAUUAUGUCUGACAUGAUCCUAAAGGAUAUACGUAUACCAUUUAAUAAAAAAAAAUGCAUUAUAAUAAUAGAAAUAUGAAGUUAUAUCGUUCCUUUUGUAUAUUUAUUAUAAAUAUUAAUAUUGUAUCGUGUAUAUUUAUUUUGUACAUUUUAGUAAUUAUUGUAGUUUUUUCUGACUGGUGCUAUAUAAGUUUUUUAUCCUAAUAUUUUUUUUUGUAAAUGUAAUUCUUAUUUAUUAUUUCGUGCUGUUGAACUGACAAUGAAAUCACCCCCCCCCCCUUUUGUACAGUGUAGAUAUCUUGUGUAAAAUAUUUUAUAAAUAAAUUGCAGUAACUUCUAGCAAUAUUA